AACAACAACAACGGACACGUGUGGACGUGAAGUUUGUUUUACACAGUUUUAACCGGUUUUACGUUCGAUGACCACUACUCAACAAACAGCAUCUCAAGUGGUCCCGUGCAUCCCUUUUGACCUUACAGACUCCCUAUGAACCUGACCUUAGGCAGCAAUUCAAAUGGAACCAAUUCAGUCCUCAAGCCGUGGUGAUCGAUCCGCAUAUUUGGGGGAGACCAGCUGCCCCCUGAAAGUCGUUGAGGACAUCUGGUUUGUAUGCUGUUCCUGCAGCUAUGUCACCAAAGAUCCACAUGUAAUUGUGAGCCACCUGGCUGCUCAUGGUGAUGAACAAGCCAAGUGCCAGCAUCCUCCCAUGUCUGGCUCUAAGUCCCAAAUGAUCGGCAACACUCGAAAGCACAAGAGAGAGAAGCCAUUUAAGUGCAAGCUUUGCCCCCAAGAGUUUGCUUAUAAUUCCCUUCUAAUCUGUCAUAACCGAACACACACUGGUGAAAAGCCAUUUAAGUGCAAGCAGUGCCCCAAAGCCUUUUCUCAAAAAUCCAAUCUGCAAAGUCAUAAUCGAAUGCACACAGGGGAAAAGCCAUUUAAGUGCAAGCAGUGCCCCCAAUCCUUUGCUCAAAAUUUCUGUCUGAGAAAUCAUAAUCUAAUCCACACUGGUGAAAAGCCAUUUAAGUGUAAGCAGUGCCCCAAAGCCUUUGCUCAGAGUUCCCAUCUGCAAAGGCAUAAUCGAACACACACAGGUGAAAAGCCAUUUAAGUGCAAACAGUGCCCUGAAUCCUUUGCUGAAAAUUGCUUUUUGAAAAGACAUAGUCGAAUGCACACUGGUGAAAAGCCAUUUAAGUGCAAGCAGUGCCCCAAAGCUUUUGCUCUCAAUUCCAAUCUGAAAAGACAUAAUCGAAUGCACACAGGUGAAAAGCCAUUUAAGUGCAACCAGUGCCCCAAAGCCUUUGCUCAUAAUUGCUAUCUGAAAAAUCAUAAUCGGAUGCACACUAGUGAAAAGCCAUUUAAGUCCAAACUGCCCCAAAGCCUUUGCUGAAAAUUCCAGUCUGCAAAGCUAUAAUCGAACGCACACAGGUGAAAAGCCAUUUAAGUGCAAGCAGUGCCCCAAAGCCUUUUCUCUUAAUCGUAAUCUGAUCCAUCAUAAUUAAACACACAGUGCUUAAAAUCCUUAGAAGGGCAAAGAAUUCCUAAAAGCUUUGCUCAGAAUAGGAAUUUACCCACCAGAAACAAUGCACACGUGCAGAAUGCCUUGUGGAUGACCCGUAAGUUAAGUAUGCCGCCUGUGUAAUCAUCUAACUCAUGCGCAGAACUUUAUGCUAUUUUAAUCGAAGUAUGCAUAUACCCAAGUUGAACAUCCCAAAGGCUUUGCUCAUUUUUUAAGUUUUUCACACUGAAGCCUUUAUGCACAAUAAGCCUCACAAAUUCCUGCGGUGUCCCAGGAUGUUGUCAUUUGCUAUCUUACCUUAUCGGGCACAUGCUAACCUAUGAGGUUCACAAAGCUUAAGAACAUUUGCGUAAAGCCUGAACGAAGUGGGCCUUUCAAAUGCCAGCAGUUCCGAGAAACUUGUAUUGGAAUUCCAGCUUGGUUGGCCGCAUAGACUGUGCGCACAGAGCCAGACUAUUUGGCCUUACUCUGGAGCCUCUUGUCCAAAUGCCACUGUUUGUCAUUACUCUAAUGUAUUGGUUAGUAGUAAAUGAUUCAUCUCCAACUGUGAUCUACAAGCUGGGUCGAUAAAUAAGAGAUAUUGUUUCAUGUUUUUCAGAGCAGCUGCUCUGUGUUCUGCACCCUAACGUACAUUGGGUCAUACUCUAGCUCUUGUUCCAAGCUCCCUCGAACUCGCUCGAGGUGUGCUCUUAGAUGUGAGGUCUAAUAUGUUUGUAAAAAUGUCUUUAUAGGUUUCCCUUUAUACUACUAUCUACGAGGAAGAUAGAAUGUAACAAAAGUUAAUGCGUAACCAGAAUUUAAUUCUGUUUAUUAAAAAAAAAG